GAAGAACAGCUUAGUGCGAGCAUUUCGGAUGAUGCCGGUGAACAGGAUCGCGACGAUUUACGACGUAGACUGAUCUUUGGCAGGUAUUAUGCAGCUUACCAUUUCGCUUUCGAACCUCGCUUUCAGCGAUAAUUGAGCCAGAAAACCUCUACAUGUAAACUUAAGCUUAACACUGAUCUUCGCUAUAGAAAGACUGUCAAGGGUAGACGAUGUGUGUGCCAAGUUACGACAACCUGCUCUAACGACAACUUUUCUAAAGAAGGUUCGUUUCAAAGAACAACAGGUGUCACCUCUGACUCCGAAGCUGGUAUUCUUCGUCGUUGCUUGGACUGCAGUGCAACAGCAAAGGUUUGCGAAUCUUGUGCAAUUUCACGGCAAAUUAGAUAUUUUUCAUCGUCUGGAAAUCCUUAAG